AAUCCAAAAUGGCGCCGAUCGAUGCAAAGACGAAAAGUUCAUCAGUUCGAUGGGAUAACAACAGUCAAAGGGAUGAGACGAUGAAGGACAAAAUGCUUCGUAAAGCAAGAGAAAAUCCUUUCGUACCAUUAGGAUGUGUGUUAACAGUUGGUGCCUUGAGCUAUGGUCUUUUUUCGUUUAUUAAAGGAAAUGCUAAAGUGCAACAAAAAAUGAUGAGGGCGCGUGUUCUUGCACAAGGUUCUACAGUAUUAGCUGUUAUCGCGGGACUUGGUUAUGAGAUAUACUUGGACAGUAAAAAGAAAAAAAUAAAAGAUUAAUAACAUCAUAUCAGAUGGCCCAAGAUUCUGUGUUAUAUAGUAAUGGCCAUUAAUACCACAGGGCACUUGUGAAUUAUUUGUAUUUUUAAAUGGCAUAUCGACGAUUGAUAAAAAGCUAAUUAUUUGUGGGCAGUAUGGAAGUACAUCUGCAAGAGAAAUCUUUUCAUAAAUGAAACUACAUGUAUCCUUAUUAUCCAACAUUCUGCAGCUAUGUUUUGAGGAAUAUAAAGUCAUUGAUUUUGUCAUCGUCUAUGGAGCUAGUGAUGAUAUAAUGAUAGUAUUGAUCAUGUCCCAUAACACUGAAUCUGGAGAGUUUUUGGAUUCCAGAUUCCAUGAAAAAUUUUACAGUGAUCACUUUUGGUGGAUUUUGGAUUCCAGAGACAAAAUUUUGGUGGAUUCUGGAUUCCAUUUCAUGGAGCAAAAUGAGUUUUUUCCACAGACUGUGAAACAAAAAUGACUACCUAGUUUGUGAUAGUUGAUUAAAGAAAAAAAGAAAUCAAAGAAUUAAAAUAAAGAUAAUAGUUCCUUUCCAAUGCUGGAUUUUAGUUCA